GCUUAAUUUUGACGCAACCAUUCAGCUUUGUUUCUUCCCGAGUCCUCCCCAUUUCUCUCCUCUAUAUCAAAACCCAAAUCUCUCUUCCCUCUCAGUUGAGCUACUCGAAUCUCCAAAUCGGAAACCUCUUCUCUGUUUGUCCGACCAAAGUCCAAAGAUGUCGUGGCAGCAAUACGUGGAUGAGCACUUGAUGUGCGAUAUUGAAGGUAGUCACCUCACUGCUGCUGCUAUCAUCGGUCAAGACGGCAGCGUUUGGGCCCAGAGCUCCACCUUCCCUCAGUUUACGCCUGAAGAAAUAACUGGCAUUAUGAAUGAUUUUGCUGAACCCGGAACUCUUGCACCAACUGGGCUGUUUCUUGGUGGCACUAAGUACAUGGUUAUCCAAGGUGAACCCGGGGCUGUUAUUCGUGGGAAGAAGGGCUCUGGUGGUGUAACUAUCAAGAAGACCAAUCAGGCAUUGAUAAUUGGCAUAUAUGAUGAGCCUCUGACUCCUGGUCAAUGCAACAUGAUAGUGGAAAGGCUGGGGGAUUAUCUAAUUGAUCAAGGUCUUUAAUCUCUUGGUGUGUUUUUGCUUAUUUCUGUGAUUUGAUUCUACCAUUGGGGACUUUUGUUUCUUGGGGGGUUCUUUGUUUUUAUCUUUAGAGGCUUGCAUCUGCACACAAGAAGUUGGAUCUGGCAGUUAAAUGAUAUUUUAUAGUUGAAGAUGUUGGGAUCUAAGUUUGAGGAUGGAAUUGUUUGGAACUAGGAAUGUAGACCUGGCUUCGCUUGUAUAAAGUAUUUCUGUUUGUGAUUC